CUCAUCUACACCUUGCACAUCCAGCCCACACAAUAUCAGUGAUAUCUAAGAUACAAUGAGCUUCCACCAUUCCGCCCAGAACAUCAACGUCGAGGACGGCCACCGCCUCGUCGCACAACUCCAGACUGAAGACGGCGAAUGGGUUGACGCCGAGUUUGAUCUGAACCAGAUCCUGGGCAAUGACAACGGACGUUUUAUAUGGGAUGAAAGCGACUUCAGCCACAGUGCUGAGGAGAUCACCUUUAAUAUUGAGGGGGAGGAAUCCGUGCCUGUGCUUCGUGCUUUUUUGAAGAAUGAGGACGGGGAGCUGGUUGGGGCGGACGUUAAUUUGGCUGAGCGGAUUGGGAAUGCUAAUGGGUCCUUUGAGGUAGUUUGAGGUGUAGGCUACCUAUGUGGCAACUAACUGAAUUAUUAUGGCUUUGAGCGCCUCGGUUUCAC